UUGUUUGUUUUCAGGGAUGGAGAUAUCUAUGCAGCAUUACGAGACUGUCACAAAGCCCUUAAAUUGGACCCUAAUCACACUAAGGCUCAUUUCCGUCAGGCGCGCUGCUUGUACGAAUUAAGGUGGUUUCAAGAGGCUUUAAGCUGUUUGAACAAUUUCAAGUUAAAAUUUCCUGAGCAAGCUGAAGGAACUGCGGCAAAGACUUUAGAAAAGGACAUAAGAGCAGCCGCUUUUGCUGAGACAGAAGGUGGGUUGCUUGAUUUUGUUGCUUUUCGUGUUAGGGUUGUCAACCUAGGCUUUCACUAUUUUCCCGGGCUUCUCUGAGCAUGAUCCCCGGAUAUGUUCACAGGAAAAAAAGAGAAAAUACUACUAAAUACUCACUGUAUCUACCGGACACUUUAAAAUCUUAGUAACAGCCCUGCUUACUUAAGUGUGCGGAUCAAUAAGCAAUUCACAAAGUCAUUCAGGCAGUCAGCUAUCCUCCGAAAUCUCUUUACCAGGUGGUAAAAUUUUGUAAUGUGUCAUUGUACAGUGGAACCUCGAGAUAACGAACCUCUCUAUAACGAAGUCCUCGGUAUAACGAACGAUUUUCUUCUGUCUGGCCAAAAUUACAGGAGAAUGUAUGGAACAUCCAGAAGUGCAAACGUAAGGUAUACCUCCAUAUAACGAAUUAAUGUCAACAUUUGACGAAAGAUGAAUGCUAAACAGAUCAACAAGGAUAAAGUUGUUGUGCACAGUUGUUUUAAGCAUUUUUGUUUUGCUAAGUCGAUCAGACUGCUAUGCUAUAUGAGUGCAUAUGAGAACUCUCCUUGAGUUUCCCAACCAAUCUAUUAUAUGAAGUCCUACAAAUAGUACUUUUAGGGUUGAUUUCCAGUGUCGCGUAAUUUUUACGUGCGUACGUGCGUAAAAUUUACGUUCGCAAAUAAAAUAGAGGCAAUGCAUGAAAGGUCGCUCGUAAGCGUAAAAGUUGAACCUCACUCAACUUCUCGUUUAAGCUCAGCACUUUUUAUCUUGCCUCUAUUUUAUUUACGUGAUUAAAUUUUACUUGCGUUAACGUGCGUAGCCAAGAACGCGUCAGUGGUAGACUGCAAAAGAGUCGGGUUUUUUGCUCAAAAUCAGUAAAGAAAUCGGUAAGGCGUGACGUAAGAGUCUUACGCGCGCGGGGAGCGCGAGCGGGCGUGUGAGGCGAGAGAAAAAAAACGUCUUUAGCGUCUCUCCCCAGUCUCGCUCUCUGUUUUCAGCCUCGUUCCAGACCUUUUGUUUGACUGCUCGUGCGUACUUGAAUAAGCAGAAAUACGGACAGUUUUGCAGUCUACGUCAGUGGAAAUCAACUUUUACACUCAAGCUGUAGAUUUACAAUUUACUAGCCUCAAGUAAUUUUACUUAACAUUUCUAAAACUAUCACUGGCCCUUGAUGUAAUGACUGAUGAGAAACCUAACACUGGUUCUAAAAUUAUAAGCUGUGCAAAUAUGCCUGAGUCCCUAAUCCUGAAUCAUGGUUUAGACAUUCAUCAACCUUAAGUUAAUGCUUCCCUUUUAAUGCUGGUGCUUAGACUACGAGUAGACCCUCCUUUCCCCCCAGCGAUAGUGGAGCGAGCGAAACGCGAGCGCGCGUAAAAUUCACCCCACGCGAGAAAGGUGAGAAGCGGCGGGGAGAGAGAAACGCGCGCUCGCGUCUCGCUCGCUCUACUAUCCUUGAGGGAAAAUGAGGAAAUGCUCGUAGUCUGGCCGGAGCUAUGUGCAGCUCUGUAAUGAGACAAUAAGUUCAGAACCGGANGUCUGGCCGGAGCUAUGUGCAGCUCUGUAAUGAGACAAUAAGUUCAGAACCGGAAGUAAUGUACGUUGAAAAUUAAUUAUUACCUAUACCUUCGAUAUAAGGAACAUUUUGGUUGUUUUCCCCCCAGAAUUCGUUUAAUCCAGGUUCCCUCGAUAUAACGAAAAAAUUUCCUCCGUCCCAGGUUCCACUGUAUCAUCUUCAUCAUCCUUCGACUGCUGACCACCGUGUCAAGAUGGCUACUGUCUGGCCGCUAACUCUUUUAGUUAUCAAAAAAUGAGCAAGCCCAGUAUCUCUUGACAUUGUGUCGGAAUGGGUGGCGGUCUACACAAUGUAUGGGGGCAUGGUCUGUGGAACCUUGCUAUAACGAAGGUAUAAUUUGUUCGCUAUAACGAGGUUUCGUUUUGUCGAGGUUGUUUCCCAGAAAUUUUACUAUUACUGGGGUCAAGAUAAUCGUUCGUUAUACCGAUGGCUUCGUUAUAUAGAGGUUCGUUAUACUGGCAGUUUUUUUCUGGAGUUGAAUUCUAAUAGACCGACCUUUUCUCGCGUGGGGUGAUUUUCACGCGCGCUCGCGUUUCGCUCGCUCUACUAUCCCUGAGGAAAAAUGGGGAACUACUCGUAGUCUAAUUCUAAAAGACUAUAUGAAAGUCCAGGAAAAGAAAAGAAAGUCGUCGCCUUGUGUUCACGUCCUCCACAAAACGUGAAAAUAGGCAUUUCCACGUCGUUAUCGUGCAGUGACAGUAAAGAAAUUUACAAAAAAGCAUGAUGCACGUGCAAAGUUGUUGUUUUGCUAAUUUAACCUAUUGCUUUUUCCCGUUCUCGUUGACGUCGCCGUCAUCGUUGUUUAAGCUCCCUAAUCCGUGACGAAUCCAGACCUUGAGAUAGGGGGGAGGGGGGGUCAUCCAGACCCUUAGUUAAGGGGGCAAGGGGGAACCGGUCUCCAAAAAUCAUUUUUUCGGCCCUUCGGGCCUCAGUUGGGUUUAAAAAUAAGGGGGUGUCCGGGCCCCCUGGGGGCCCUCCCCUGGAUCCGCCACUGCUGAUAUCAUUUGGCUCUGUAGCGAUGACUUAUACUGUUCACUCUUCUUGUGGCAAAUUUGUCAAGAUAGGUGGGAUUUCUUGGUUAAAGCUUCACCUGAUAACACUUGGUAUUUAGUCAUGAAGGUAAUGUUUAAUACAGUAUGUUACUUAAGUAAGAAAUACGCAGCGUUUUAGGUGCAACUUUGAGUUUAGAUCAAGAUUUGGGUUGUGUCCUUUAGGUGAUGAUGACGAAGAGACAAGCCCACUGUCAGACACUACUCCAUCUCGACGCAGGAGGCGGCUCAGCAUUGUAUCCGAUCAGGAGAAAGAGUUACGUUCACAAGCUCUUGAUUAUGAGCAGCGAUUCUGUGGACACUGUAACACAACUACUGACAUCAAAGAAGCAAACUUCUUUGGGAGCAACGGACAGUAUAUUGUAGCAGGCAGCGACGAUGGCUCUUUCUUUAUGUGGGACAAAGAGACAACGAAUCUAGUCAGAGUACUAAAGGGUGAUGAUUCUAUUGUGAAUUGCUUACAGCCCCAUCCUAGCAUGUGCCUUUUGGCCACAAGUGGUAUUGAUCCGGUGAUCAGACUUUGGAGUCCACGCCCCCAGGGUGAGGACACACAGGAUUGGCUUAUUGACGAGGUUGAAGCUGCUGCGAAAGCCAAUCAACGGCGAAUGAAUGCUGACCCGUUGGAGGUGAUGUUAAUGAACAUGGGAUAUCGAACAAGGUUUACUAUGGCUGAAGGUAGUGAUGCCGAAGAUGAAGCAGAAACGCCUAUUCAGUGUCGCACUAGCUAG